AUGGUGUUAGUAAAGCAAAACAAAAGAAAGAGAAUGAGUACAUCCAAAUUCAAGACAAUAUGUGUUUUUUGCGGUAGCAGCUUACGAAAACAAAAGAGUUAUCAAGAUGCUGCUAUAGAUCUUGGCAAAGAACUGGUGAUGAAAGACAUUAAUUUAGUAUAUGGAGGAGGCAAUAUUGGAUUAAUGGGCUUGAUAUCACAAACUGUCUUUCAUGGUGGAAAACAAGUUCUUGGGUAUGUAAUAUAUAUCGUAUUGUAAAUUUGUUAGAUCACUGGCAUCACUAUAGGAGAAGUAAAACCAGUGGCCAAUAUGCACCAAAGAAAAGCAGAGAUGACUAGCAAUUAUGAUGCUUUUAUUGCUAUGCUUGGAGGUUAUGGUACUCUUGAAGAACUUUUUGAAGUGAUUACUUGGGCACAAUUAGGCAUACAUAACAAACCGGUUGGAUUAUUGAAUAUUAAUGGCUACUAUGACACAUUGCUUUCUUUCAUUGACCAAGCUGUAGAAGAAGGCUUCAUCAACCCAAGUGCAAGACAUAUCAUUAUUUGCGCUUCAAAUGCAAAGCAGCUGAUGGAAAAACUCGAAGACUACUACCAAUAUCAUGAACAAGUGUCACCAAAACUAAAUUGGAACCAUGAGCAACUAGAACACUCCCAAAAAAAUGUUAACCCUUCAAACAACCAUGGCAAAAAACCUCUCAAAUCCAAGCCAUUUCGCAAAAACCCACCAGAAAUUACUCUGAUCGACAUCAACCUUCCAACUAUUAUGGAUGACAAUGUUGAACAUAGAAAUGUUUCUGAUGCACAUCCAUAG